UUACUCUUUAAACAAUUCCUUUUUCACAUUCGUUCAAUUUUCGUUAUUUAGGGUGGAAAAUGUGCCACUGACCGUACCACAACAAAAGCGAAUUGUUCCUGCAAUCGAGUCGAAGGCGUACAUGUAAAGGAGUUCGUUUGCAGUCGCAAACAUUUAUUACUCGGGCAGGAAGUGUGUGCGAUAAAAAAACAAUUCAAAAUGUAAAUGAAAAGUGAAAUGAAAAGUUAAUGAGCUGAAAAAAAUGCAAAUGAGAAAAGAAUUGAGCGAUAAUAUUCCCAUAAUCAGAAUACGCACAUUAAUAUGACAUUUUCACUGAAAAUUUCUUUUUAUAAGCCGCCCACCAUACAAAACCAUACUCAAUAAUAAAAUUAAAUAUGUAUGUACAUUAAAAAUUACGUUUAUCAAGUGAAAGGUGCUGAGCCAGCGUAUAAAACAUAUUAAAAAGAUGACGGGUUUACCGAAAUCUUCAUUCGCUAGAAGCGCCAGCUGUAGCAGCGACAGCAACAAUUUUGCAUAAACAUAAUAAAUAUUUUGUAAAUAUUAGCUUCACUCGCCGCUGUAGCGCUGUCGCCGUCAACACCAUCAUUUGCUCUUCACGCUCACGUUCGCGCAUACGCCCUGUUCAAUCGAAAAGUGGCUGUCACAGUCGGAGUCAACAUUGACGCCAUCGCUGGCGCUACUGCAUCUUUUUAGUUGCUGAAAGCAGGCCAAUUGCUUUGGCAAACAGCAAACGGAAAGGAAAACACACAGCAACAACAACUAUAGUGACAAGAAAAUGCAUUCUGUGGACUUGUAUGAAAAUGAGGAUAAACGACGCCACGGCCACGAUGACACACGCGAAUUGCAGAAUUUGGAUUGGCCCUUCUUGAUAAAGGGUAUACUCGAGAGUCCAUCAUGCGCGACAACUACACCUGACACCUUGUCCGCCUUGCUAUGGACAAUUACUGCGGUUUUCGGUAUCGUUUAUGCGCUCCUCGGUUAUCGCUGCCUACGCGCUGUGGGAUUCCUAAGCGGUCUGCUCGUCGGUGCCAAUAGUAUUUUUAUUUUACAGGAUUUUCAAAUAACACUACUUGGCAAACCGGCAGAUUCGGCACUAGCCAUCGUAGCGGGUCUCCUCGGCGCGGUCAUUGGUUCCACAUAUCCGGUGGCGUCGGUGCUAAUCAGCGCAUUUGCAGGUGCACUGGUUGCUGGUGCAGCAAUGGCUGUAUGCGUGGCCACAAUGCCCGAUAAUGAGUUUGGCUACCGCGAAAUUUAUGUAGCUGUUGUGGGUGGCGCUGUCAUUUGUUCUGUGCUGACGUUGUGUUGUGUCAAAUAUGUGACAAUACUAACAUCGAGUAUUGUGGGCAGCGCGAUGAUUAUAGCGUCCAUCGAUUUUUUCAUGCAUAGUCUAGAUACGAUAAAUUGGAUUUUAAAUAUGAAACCGAAUCCCUCGCCACCGCCUUGCUAUGGCGGUAUUUUAAUAUGCACUUGGCCGGUUGCCAUCAUUAUUAGCAUAAUGGUACAGUGUUUCAUCACAGCCUGGCGCGUGGAUCAUCGAAAGCGCGUCUACCUGCGACACCAUCAUCAAAUGGCGCGCUGUGGCGCAGCUGGCAUCGGUGCGAAUAGAAUGAGUGGACGACCGCGUGAGACGCGCGAGGAGGCAAGCCAACGCAAGUACCGUUAUCUAUAUCAGGUUCGCACAGCGCGUGGCGAUAUUAUUUCGCAGAACUUCGUGUCGGCACUGCAGAAACGAAUACAGCUAGGCGGCACAGAAACGCCGUCGGAGCGCUCCAUCAAAACGAGUUCGAACGAGCGUAAUACAUUUCGCAGCGAUCGCACACACUUCACCACCAUACCAGAUUCCGAAAUGUGCGAUAAAAUCGAAAUUGUGCGCGAUAUAGGAUAACAAACAAGCAACAGUUACAUGUAAAGUGUAGGUGGCAGCAAAGCGCCACAUGUGAAUUUUAAAAGGCAAAGGAAGAGAAAAUGCGGAAAUAAAUGAACGGAGUUGAGCGGAUGUUAGUGCAUUAGUCAGCGGAAAUCGCUUUCAUGCAUACUCGUAGGAAUGUGAAAGAGAUGAGUAGAACAUGCUUGUAGCCAACUGAAAAUCGUGAGAGUGUUGUGUAUGUUUUCGAGGCGAUCGCUAAGCGAAUAUGGCGGAAGUGUAAUGAUUGAAUAGGCAGCCCUACUAAAGUGAUAAAAUGUGACAGUGCAUUUGAAAGCGAAAAUGAUGUGUGUAAAUAAAAUUUGACAACGUUGAAAAUGCUCGUAAUAGGAAACGUAUACAUCCAUAGAAAUGUAUGAAAGUGAUAAGCAAAUAAAUAAAAAUUGUUGGUUUCGCGCGCAAAAUUAAAGUAAAAAAACGAAGCGAAAGCAUUAAAAUUAAAUAACUUAACAUUAAUCGAAGGAUGAUAAAUUACAAGGCUUGGCCAACCGAAUAGAAAUUUGGAGAGUAACCUUGGCUGUUACGUCAGAGGGAUUUGACAGCGACAGAGAGAGGCGAAUGAAAUGAAAACAAAAUGUGUAAAGUGAGGUUAAUUGAAUACAUUUCCUAGCCUAAUAAAUUACCAGGUUUGGCCUUCAGCUAGGGUGAAAAACGAAAUUAAGCGAGUAACUUCGGCAGCCACCUCUCCGGGCACUCGGCAGCAGAAUUCAUUUCACACGUAUUCACAUACUCGUCCUAUCAGUCGUUCUUCAGUCGGCAACGAAGCAACAUGAGCAAAGACCGUAUUGAUUUUUUUGUACAAUAACAACAUAAUCUAAGUUUUUCCGUAAAAAAAAAACCGCUGUCAUGACUCCGGUCUGAUAUUGGCCCCACCUUCUGAUUUUUUUUCACUAACGUUGUUCAGGCGGCAACGAAGUAACAUGGACAGUGGUUGAUUUUCUCGUACAUGACCAACACAAUCUCAGUUUCUGCCGAUCUUUGUUGUAAACGAACCGCUGUCACACAUCCGCUGCUACGUCAGCAAAUCAGCCGGUUCCUUCAAUAUCGCUAAGAGCCGGUUAACGGUCUGAUGUUGGCCACUACUUCUGUAUUCUCUCCACCUUGAAUUUAAUGCAUGUGAAGAGAAUAAAUUACACACAUAGAAAUUGCGAAACAACAUGUUUUUACGAAAAUUGCACGCUACCAGUUUUGUGAAGAUAAAUGAUAAAUAAAUGGUAUCUUAUUUGAUAUUCAUUUCAAGUACAAGCAAGUUAAUGACACUAGUUUCUAAGUUCCUCUUUGGUGAGUGCAGACAAGUAAAAAUCAUAAGUAACUACUACUCAACAUUACCUAAAACUAUGAUGUACAAUAGGGAGUAUCAGGCUUUAACUUACAAAGUAAUUGAUUUUUGUUUUAUUUUGUUAAACUAGAUAUUUUAGCAUUAAAUUAGUUUAAGUGUUUACUUUCAUAUGCCAAAUCAAUAAAUCACCCAAACUUAAUGUGUGCAUAGGUGAUUAAAAAAUUAAUUAAAUUUUUUUCUAUUCGAUAUUUUAUUCAUGGGCAUAAAUAAGAAGCAGAAUUGUAUAAGAGAAAAAUAUACAUACAUACAUAUGUGCAUUAAUCCUGAUUUCCAUAGAAUUACGUACAUAAUUUAAUGUGCAUAGGAAGCAUUCCAUUGGGAUAUAAAUCACAACUAAUGGUGUGAUAUUUUCGUGCAUAUGAUUUUAUUAUAUUUCCUUUUGAGCGGUAAGCCUUGGCAACUAGUUCUGCUUUUCUUUGUAAAAUUUGUAAAUAAUUUUAACUCGAAGUUCAAUUCAUGAAGUUUUGCCAUUGUUCUGAUUGGCUCAGAAAGUGAUAAGAAAAACACGUUUUCGUUUUUGGUCAACAGUGAUCAAACUUGGAACAGAGCUUUCUAAUUUUUUUUUUCGGGAUAGA